AUGAUCAUAAGAAAUGUGGGAAGGUCUUUAGAAGGUGUGAAGGACUUAUUCGACAUUAGUGUUCAUACUGGUGAGAAACCCUAUAAAUGUAACAAGUGUGGGAAGUCCUUUAGUGCCAGUUCAACCCUUAAAGUACCUCAGAGGAUUCAUACUUGUGAGAAACCUUAUGAAUGUAUGGAAUGUGGGAAGGCCUUUCACACUGCCUCAUACCUUGUUAUAUAUGAGAGAAUUCAUACUGGUGAAAAAACUUUUAUGUGUCAGGAGUGUUGGAAAGCUUUUAGUUACAGCUAUCAACUUACUAUACAUUAUGGAGUUCAUAGUGGUGAGAAAUCUUAUGAAUGUAAGGAAUGUGGGAAGACCUUUAGUCUGUGUGGAAGACUCACCAGGCAUCAAACUACUCAUAGUUGUAAGAAACGCUUUGAAUGUAACAAAUGCGGGAAGGCUUUUACAUGCAUUGCAAACCUUAAAAAACAUCAGAGUAUUCACACUGGUGAGAAACACUAUGAAUGUAAGGAAUGUGGAAAAAGCUUUCAUCUAGCCUCAACCCUUGUAACACAUGACAGAAUUCAUACUGGUAAAAAGUCUUAUCAGCAUAAAGAACGUGGAGAGGCUUUUGGUGAGACAUCUUGUGAAUCAUGA